AUGCAUUCGUCGGGUGGCGAGAUGGAGGCGGUGGAGAAGGCGAUGCGUGACAAGCGGAUGGAGGAGAGGGAGAAACGUGAGGCGGUGAUGGAGGAGCGGAUGGCAAAGAAGGAGAAGGAGGAGGAGGCGGAGAAGGCAAAGAAAGCGGCGAUGAUAAAGGCCGCGAAGGAAUUUGUUGAAGCGACAGGGAGGAAGAUCUUAGAGAAAAGGGGGGGACCACAGGAUCCCUGGGAUCAGUUUCGUGGAUUCUGGACGAGUGUUUGGGGCGAAGGCGGCUAUUUUGGUAAAUUUGAGGAUGAGACUACUAUCCCCUCCAUGCGCUUCACCUUCUCUGGCGAUGGCUCAACCAAGAACACGCUGCAGUUCUUUUCAGUCAAAGUUGCAGAAAUUGACCAGAGUUUACAGUGGCCGCUGGAUGUGUAUGGGUUCUUUUCCGUACGUGAUGUGGUGGAUCACAAACGCAACAUGAUCUUCUCCUGCGACAGGGAUAACUGCCAGACCAUCAGCCAAGAGGAUCCAUAUCUAACGCUGACAGGUCCAACCCGUGCUGUUGUGGUGUCAUCAGAUCCUUCGUACUUUGAGAUUGAGCUGAAAGUGAAGGGCACUGCUGAAUCUGAGGAUAAAUAUUUAAGCCGCCUAGUUAUGACAUACAGGACAGGUUUUGUGGAUAGAAGUUUCACUAGUGAGCUUAGCACUCUGGAGAUGGCAUUCGAAGAGAUCAUCCGAUCUGUGGAGGCCACAAUCAGUGUAAAAGUCGUUGGUGGAUCAUGGCCAGAUGGUUUCCGUGGUGUAUUUUGUGCGAGCAUCGAUGACAUAGCUGGCUGGAAAGUCAAGUUGCUGGAAUGUGGAGAUGAUAGAUUGCCUCUUGAUGCUGAUGGCAACAUCAAGCUUAGAUGCAAGGUCGUUUCUGUUGGACUUGAGGGAUUGCUGAGGAUUUCUGUCAUGGCACACUGUAUUAAUGGGGAUCAGGUUGUGGAGAGUCAUUGCAGAGAAGAUGUUAAGAGUCAUGAAGUAGUGUUUGAACCCAGGAGAUCGGGUACAAGCUCCAGUACUGAGCUUAAAAUUGGCUCUUGCAGAAUGGAAGUUACUGUGAACUGGUCCCUUUUCUCUUAUCAGCUGUAA